AUGAACCCAGAAGGAACUUGGGUGCAAGCGCUUCAACUUGACAAGGCCGCCACACAUGCCUUCAUUGCCAUGAUCGCAGCUAUGCACAACUCACUUGCGAGGUGGGCCGACACGAGUACCAUCGACUUCCAUCGGUUCCAAGCAGUCAAGUCCAUCAACGAGAGGCUGAAUCUAGAAGGCAAGGACGAUAGCAAGCCAAUCUCAGAUGGUCUUGUCGUCGCUGUCUCUCUUCUGGUCAAUAUCGAAACUUUCAUCGGUUCGCUCAGUGCUGCCGCGGCUCAUAUGAGUGGCUUAAAGAGAAUGGUUGACCUCAGAGGUGGAAUUGUCGACGGUUUCAAGCACAGCAGUAUACUUCAACGAUCCAUAUCAUGGGCUGACUAUUCCUAUGCCACGGCCGCGCACAAGCCGGUCGCCUUCCCCUUUAUUCCACAGCUGGCAUCCUCCCUAGCUCUCCAUGAUCGUUUCACAAGCCGCUCGAUGUUAGCGAACAUGGAACCGCUUGGGUUCAAGGACCUAACCAUCCAGAGUCGCGAAGCGGUCGAGCUUUUCGAACUGUUAUAUUCGAUCACCGAAUGCAUUAAUAACUUCGACUACGCAAGUCUCGAGAGCACAUUUGGCCAGAGGAUCCAGGUCAGCGACUCGAUCUACAUGAUUGAGUGGCGGCUUUGUCAUCUGGAACAUGCUGCUCGGGGUCGCAAAUCUUGGAAGAGAGCCGGUUCCGUUCCAUUGUUACCAUCGGUCGACGUCGAUACACAGCUACGGUUCCCCUCACCGACUGAUUUGUCCGACGUUUUGAUAUACGCUGCACAUCUGUUUCUGCACCUUGCCAUUCGAGGCCAACCUCCUUCCGCUCAGAGGCAUCGCGCACUGGCAGAAGCACUCAUGUCGUCUCUAUGCGACCCUGUGUUAGCCUUGGACCUUCUAUCUGAGCCGAAGGUAUACGAAAGUGGCGAGUCACAGCUGACCAGAAGCAACGCGGAACAAUCCACUACGGCAAACUUAUCUGCCUAUGUCCCAACGUCAGAGAUAUCGCACACGGGCAUGUCGAGGCUCUCUGGAGACGAGCUUCAUGCUAACAUUCUCCUUUGGGCCCUAUUCAUAGGGUCAUGCAUCCGCAUCCCAGUUGUAGUAAACGAAUACUCGGUCCUAGGCGGUGACCAACACAACUUCUUCAUCACUGCGCUGAAGAACUACUGCCGGACGAGGAACAUCCUAGAUAAAGAGAUGCUUCUCGCGAAACUGAAGGAUGUCAUAUGGCUUUACAGCUGGUGCGAACACCAGCUAGGACUUGUCUGGGGAGAGAUUGCCGACGGCCUCAGACCAUACGUGACGGCGGGGGACCAAGUGAAUGUCCCCAUGGGUCGUGAUCAACAGGAGUAA